UUACCCUGCCGUUGGGGUAAACUUUGCCCGAGUCGCUGCUAGGGACUGUUGUUUUCGUUCAAGUUCUUACCAUCAUAACACCCUAUCACGAUGCUACGGGUGAUAUACCCUGGUUCCUACUCGUUCAUUCAAUAUAUGAACUGGUUCAUUGAUAUAAUAUCAUCAAAUGCCUUACGGCACCGACCUCAGCUGCGAGCACCUAACUUACUACACCAUUCGUCAUCACAGCACCGCGGAAUAUUCUAGCAUGAACGAUCACGGUAUGUCUAGUACGAAAACGUAUGCAUCACUCCACUCGAUAGCCCGUGCGGUAGGGGACAGCGCACUUACAUGUGUUUUUGAGCUGCUGUAACCCAAAAUUUCGCCUUAGUGUCAUAUUAACGACCGCCGUCUAGCGCAUGGCCCAACAUGUGUCGAGCCCCUGUUCACGAUGCGAUGCCAAAGAGCGUGUAUAAAGUGAAUUGAGAGCAUUUCUUC